AUGCACACGCCUGGUGUAAUAACUGCAUUGGUGCAAUUGGCACCUCCUUUUUCGGGUGCCGCAUCGGAGUGGUCGAUGGUGUUUCGUGUCUCGGCGCUUGUAGCGGCUCUUCCCGUGUUUGUGUUCACGUGGUGGGGAUCAGCUGAGAGACAGCUAUGGGCAGCGCCAUCGUCCAAAAAUUCCGUGUACUCCUUCUCGACUGAUAAAAGGUCAAGGACUACCGGUGGAUCUUUUAGUCAGCUUUCACGUGAAACAUCCAUGUCCUCGUUGUCAGCUCGAGACGGAGCAUCAGUGCGAAAGAAGUUGUCUACCACAAGCAUGUCGCGUUCAAGUAGUCUUGCGAAGAAUCUCAACGAUGCCAAGACAUAA